AUGAUGUGGUGGGAAGGAGCUUUUGCGGCAGGUGGCACCGGCAGGCUCAUGAAAGUGGAUGUCGACUAUGUUGACCAAGCAAAGUUUAAGGUCCCCAGGAAUCUUGACCUCACCAAAUCAACCGAGGGGCUGUGGAGGCCCCAGCUCCACACCGGAGGCAUCUUGAUUUGGGGGGUGGCAGAGGUCUAUAUCAUUGCCGAGGCCGACCUGCCGAAAGGCUCAGCUGCUGAGAUUUCUCUGCUGGCCAGAGGCUUUCCACAGGCACACCGCAUCUUGAGCUCCAAGGGCAUUAGCAUGCCAGAGCACUGUGUGCUUGAGACCGAUAACACUUGCAGAGAGGGCAAGAACCAAUUCAUGGUCCUGGCAGAGGCUGACUUGGUAUGUUCCGCUCAUUCAGCCAUCUGUGUGGCCCUGUGGGCCACACGCAUGGUCCUUUGGACCAGCGAUUAUGUGGAUGUGAUUCGGGAAACGGUGAAGCCAACGCGUGGUCGGGAGCUGGUGGUGGAUGUGCUGACGGGCGUCUGGGAUUUCAAAAUGUAUUACCAGGGGCUUGAUGUGACGAUUGCAGGGCUGGACCUUCCCAGCUUCGACAAGAAGAGUGAGGUGGAGUGGCAGGACUACCAACCGACUCCGGAUGAUGCGGUGCUCCUGACAAAGGAGUGGAUCUCGAGCCCAGCACUUUCGCAGCCUCCACUCUUGAUCCUGCCGAAAGACCGGCUCAACAGACUGCCCCCGGCACUGCAACCUGUGAUGCGCCACAAGUUGUUUACGAAGACAGCCAAUUUCGUGCUCAAGGAGCCCUGGUGCCUGGACAUAGCGAGCAAGUACCUCAAGGAGUGGAUGGCAUGCAACCAGCAGGGUACGAUUGUGGAGUUCCCAAUGCCGCAGUGGUUCUUCAACAACAGCACGGAGUCGCAGGUCAAUCUGAGUGUGCCUGAGCCAGUCGGUUGGGAGAAGUAUGCACCUGGACCGGUGAGAAUGGUCACAGCAGCAGACACAACAAAUGCAGCACCAGCAAUGAAGAAGGCUCGGAAACAGCCACCACAGGUGCCUGCGCCACAGGUUCCUGCAGUUGCCGUGGUGGGUGUCAUACCCCGGGAGGCUGAAGUUCCUCUGCCAGGUGAUGUUCCGGCAGAAGAAGCAGCAGCCCGCAGUGUGCCGGGGCAGAUUCGCAUCCCAGACUUGAGUGAACUGGGGUGCCCAAAAUGCCGAGGAGCUUUGGCUGGGUGUGUUCAGUGUUGGAAUGAGGACUAUCGUCGAGCGCGCAUCGCCCGCCUUCAAGCACAGGCAGCUAAAGCUGCAGCCCAGGCGGCUAAAGCUGCGGCCCAGCCUCGACAACAAGGUGAGGCAAAGGCUAAGGCCGGAGGCCGUGGGCGCGGCCGUGGUCGUGGCCGGGCUGUUGUGGCCUGA